GUUUCCGUUAGAUUUGGGAAGGAGAUGGUCAGAGUUUGUUUUUUACGGAUGAACAGUCCGCUGUGACUGUGAUGGAUGAGAGUCGACAAAACAAGACUGGAGACUGUUAAAAUAAUGUUUCAGCUGCCUUAACGUGCUUUACAAUGGCCAUCAGGGAACUGAAAGUUUGUCUGCUCGGGGACACAGGUGUGGGGAAAUCAAGUAUCGUGUGUCGAUUCGUUCAAGAUCACUUUGACCACAACAUCAGUCCAACGAUAGGUGCUUCUUUUUUAACUAAGACUGUCCCCUGUGGAAAUGAACUUCACAAGUUUCUGAUUUGGGACACCGCAGGGCAGGAACGAUUUCAUUCGUUGGCUCCCAUGUAUUACAGGGGCUCUGCAGCGGCCGUCGUUGUUUACGACAUCACAAAGCUUGACUCUUUCCAGACGUUAAAGAAGUGGGUGAAGGAGCUGAAGGAACACGGGCCGGAGCAUAUAGUCGUGGCUAUAGCAGGAAAUAAAACCGAUCUGGGUGAUAUCAGGGAAGUUCCAACUAAAGAGGCAAAAGAUUUUGCAGAGUCUAUUUCAGCCAUAUUUAUGGAGACCAGUGCCAGAAAUGCAGUAAACAUAGAGGAGCUGUUUCAGAAAAUCAGUCGACAGAUCCCUCCACUGGAGAACACAGACGCUGACAGCCACGAGUCCUUUAAACUAACACGACAGCCUCCUCCCUCCAGCAAACGCUGCUGUUAGACAUCCAUCCGCAAGUCACUACAAACACCCUACAACAUGUGGUAUUUGGCCCAUGCGAUACAUAGAGGAGGAUCACAAUACACAUAAAUCAACCUGAUGUGGAUACGGUCACAUGACUGAUAGACAUGCAUAUUGCAGUAGGAAACACAGCAAUUCUGCCUCUGAACCAUUUUGUACCAAGUCAGAAUGUUUUCUGAAUAUUGCAUUGAUGCUGAGCAACUUUUGAGACAUGAGUUAUCUCAACAUGGAAUAAUUUUCUUAUCAAGUCUUUUUAAAUGCAGUAUUGUGACAAAUAGAAAUGCUAGUAGUUAGCACAAAGUUUACACAAGAAUAAGUGCCUUAGAAAAUGCCAUUUUGAUGUUUGGCAUUGCCGUUUUGAUACAUAAAAACAAUAGUUUUAAUAGGUUAUUUCUAAUCUGGCUUUAUUUGACUGCUUACGAUGACAUAGGAUCUGAUGAAGCCUAGAUGAAAGAUAGACAUUCGCAAAUGUGUUGGUCACACUUUAUAUUACAGUGUUCAUUGUAUUAUGUAUUUACAUACCACUACUGCUUCAUACUAAUAAACCGUGUGUUUAAUAUGUCAUUUUUGUAAAGCUGUGUGUAAUUGCACAUAGUAAUUGUGUUUAUUUUAAUAAUUAAUUAUACGGACACUGUAAAAUAAAGUGUUGUCAAUUUAUUCAUCCUAAAAAUAAUGGUUAAAACUGUGGUUAUUGGUUAAAAUGUAAAACAUCAAUGUAGAAUUUUUACCUUUAUUAAAUGAGGAAAUCAGCCACCAGGGGGCACAAUUGGCUUUAAAGUAAACACACGUUUUGUUAGUUCUUCUGCAAACCUCUGCUUACCUGUUGCUGUCAGUGUUAAAAUGUCUCAACUGUUCAUAUUUUUCCCACUAAAAUGUCCGAGGUUGGUGAUUUUUUUCAGUUUGGAACUGAGAAAAAUCUGUUCAUCUGUUAAACAGGUACACUUGUUAUCUGAUCAGAUAGUUUGCAAGUAAAACAAACCAUUACUAUGUUAAUUUCCCUAAAAAGUUUAAACACUGAUUCUGUGGCACUUUCUGUCAGCCAGUGGUGUGAGUUACAAGUAUCAGUUCGACUGACCUGUCGCACACGGGGAUCGUGCCGAUGGUUGGGUCAUUAUUUUUGCAAUUCCAUUUGGUGACCCUAGUGCUUCGGAAAUUACACACUUCACCUUUAAGGCUAAAAGCAGGGUAAUUGUGCGCUCUUACAUAACCAGCCUACCUUGGUGUGGUCGUGAGUGGAUUGAUUGCCUGUCCUGUACAGUAGUUUUUCAAUUUAGUAAUCAGAAUGAUCUUUUCUGUCAGUCACAGCUGGCAAAAUCACACUUGUAUCACAUGCAGCGCUGGUUCUCCUCUAACAGUUAUGUUUUUUGUUCAUAAAUCAUCACAGUCAUUAUUGACAAAGCGUCACAUGUAAUUUAACAUUUAAUAUAUCUAUCUAAUUAUAUCUCCUUUCUAAGUGUGAAUUCACAUGGAUGCCUUAACCUAGCAAAUUCAGUCUGAAUCAUAACCGAGCUAGACGAGAUCUGGUGAUAAUGGUAAUUUUCAGUUAAACAUUUUGUAAAUAACUUUAUAUUUGUAUUUUUAAAUCUACCUUUUCUUAGUUAACUUAAUGUUUCCCUUAUGUGAUGUGACAAUGGUAUCAAACACAUUUUGUACCGGAAGUCAUCAAUAAACUACAAAUGCA